GCUGGCAAGCGAAAAACGGAAAACUGGAACUACAAUGUCCGAGAGUCAGCAGCCGGUGCUUAGUAGAACGCAGUCAUCCGUCGACUACGGCAGCACGAUCCGGACGGAAUCGCUACGCCGACCCACAUUUAUUCCGAUCGAAUCUCCGCGUCGCUAUUCCAAAAUGGCCCAAGGUUCCCUGUCCGGUCACGAGGGCCAGAACCGCCUUCAAAAAUUGGAGUACUUUCUGAACGUUUUGAACCAGAUGUGCAUUGGAUUCGUCACCAUCUAUAUUUCCUACCUGACGCUACGAACAGGGCUGUCUGGCACGGGUCUGCAUGCCUGGCUGGUUACCAUAGGGUUCUCCUUCUUCAUGGCCGAGGGCGUUAUGAUCCACUACGGCGGAAAUGUGCUGACAAACGGAUACAAGCGCCAAACGAAGACCACCAUACACUGGGUGCUUCUGACUUUGGGAGGCGGUUGCGGGGCAGCUGGUGCCCUUAUCAAAAUGAUUCAAAAGGGGUUUUUGCUGCAAUCGACACAUGGGAGGCUGGGGAUGACUGCCUUCAUACUGUGCAUUCUGGCCAUGUCCUCGGGCUUGGCGGCACUUUUCUCCGCCCGCAUAAAGAAGCUUAUCACACCAUUGCUGAACAAGACGUUCCACAACUUCCUGGGAUUCGCGUGCUUCGUAAUCGCACUGGUAACCCAGUAUUACGGCUAUCAGACUGGAUACUUCAAGAGCCGUAGUGAGACAGAUUUCCAAAUCCUGAUGAAGUGCCUCACCCUCAUAUCGUUGGUUCUGUCUAGCUACGGACCGAUGAAAGCACUCUACCAGAAAUGCAAAAAUAUAUUCAACCAGUUUUAGAUAGGAGGAAAAGUAUCGCUCGAAUGUACGUAGAUAAAUAAAUGUAAUUCUUCUUAAAAAUUCA